AUGUUGGGUCAUUUGGUUCAAUUAUUCUUUGAAGACAAGUUUGAAGAUGAAUAUAGUUAUAAUAGAUAUUUACCACUAGAAGAGGAACCUUAUGUGGAUAAUCAAGUUAAAGUUUCAUUGUUCAAUUUCUUUUUUAUUUUCACAUUUAUAUUUUUGAUUGUCGAUAUAAUAAUAUCAUGUUACCAACACAAAGAAAACAUAAGACAAAGAGAAAUUCACUUAUCAUCAAAAUUAAAUAAAAUUAUAAAUGAUUUUGAAAAUCAAAAUCACCAAAAGCAAAGUCAAAUAUCACCAUCACCAUCAACAUCACUAUCACCAUCACCAUCAAUAUCUUCAACAAUUUCUUCCCCAGUAAAUAAAAGAUCAAUUUCAGUUCCAAAUUUAAUUAGUCAAGCCAAAAAUGAAUUAUUAUUAAAGGAAUCAAAAGAACAAAUCGAAAAAGCUAAAAAGUAUGAUCAAUCACUAGAUUAUCAAAAGAGUUUAGAGUUAUAUAUUGAAGGUAUUGGUAAGUUAAUGUCAAUUAAUUCAAGUUUCAAAGAUUCAAAAGAGUUUAAAAACUAUAUAGAUUUUUAUUUAAAAAGAGCAGAAUAUAUUAAACAAGAAUUAAGCAAAAAUACAAAUGAAAAGUUAAUAAUUAAUUUUGAAAAAUUUCAAAAAGAACAUCAACAACAACAACAACAAGUGCAGCAACAACAGAGAAAAUCUGGAAUGUUUUCAUUAUUUUCAAAACCUUCAGCAACAUUGUCAACAACAACAAACAAAAGUUUAGGUUUAUCAACAACAGAAACAACAAAUAGAGUACCAUUAACAAAAAGUUCAUCACAAACUCUAAUUUCAAAUCCACCAAGCUCAACAAAUGUAAACCGAAGAUCAGUUAAUUUAUCACCAAAAUCUAACAAUACCAAUAAUAAUGUUAUUAAUUUAAAUAAUAUACCAGAAAUCAAAGGAGUUGAUAAAGCUAUGAUCAGUAUUAUUAUGAAUGAGAUUUUAGAUAGAAAAAACCCAGUUACAUGGAAUGAUGUUGUUGGUUUAGAUAAGGUAAAACAGUCAUUAAUGGAAUCGGUCAUAUUACCAAAUUUACGUCCGGAUGUAUUCACAGGAUUAAGAGCACCGCCAAGAGGUUUACUAUUAUUUGGGCCACCAGGAACAGGUAAAUCAAUGAUAGCAAAAGCAGUUGCCUAUGAAAGCAAAGUCACAUUUUUUAGUAUUUCUGCAAGUUCACUCACAAGUAAAUAUGUAGGUGAUGGCGAAAAAUUAGCCCGUGCUCUUUUCGCAGUUGCAACUCAUUUCCAACCAUCAAUUAUUUUCAUUGACGAAAUUGACUCAUUGUUAACCGAACGUUCAUCAAAUGAAUCAGAGGCAUCAAGACGUUUAAAAACCGAAAUUCUUUUACAAUUUGAUGGUGUUCGUACAAGUGGCAGUGAAAGAGUAUUGGUUAUGGGUGCUACAAAUAGACCUGAAGAUUUAGAUGAUGCUGCUCUUCGUCGUUUAGUUAAGCGUAUCUAUGUAUGUUUACCAGAGUAUGAAACUCGUUUACAAAUUAUCCAACAUUUAUUAAAAGAUCAAAGACAUUCACUUAGCGAUGCUCAAUUGGGUGAGUUGGCAAACCUUACAAAUGGUUACAGUGGUUUCGAUUUAACCUCUCUUUGUAAAGAUGCUGCUUAUGAACCAAUUAGAAGAUUGGGUACAGAUAUCAAAGAUUUGGAUUUAAAUAAAAUAUCCUUAAUUAGUUUUAAAGAUUUUCGUAGUAGCUUAAAACAAAUUAGACCUUCUGUUUCAGCUCAAUCUUUAAAGUCUUAUGAAAAGUGGAAUUCAAAAUAUGGCCUAAUUUAA